AUGUCCAUUCCCAACGAAGCUUUACAGAAGCUGGUGCGGGAGAUUGAAAGCCAGGCUCUGGUAGCCCAGCAGCAGAUCGGUCUCGCCCGUACACAGAUGAACUCAAAGCAACGAGAGCAGCGUCUUGUCAAGUUGACCCUGAGUGAAAUGGCCAGUCUUCCCCAGGAUGCAGUGGUCUACGAGGGCGUUGGAAAGAUGUUCGUUUCACUGCCAGUAGACUCACUUCGACAAAAGCUCGAUGGGCAGACGCAGAAUUUGGAGGGUGAUGUGGACAAGCUGAGCCAGCGCCUGUUGUAUCUGGAGACAACACACAAGAAUAGCCGCGAGCAUAUCGAGCAGAUGCUCCGCACUAAAUAA